AUGGCCCCCUCCCGUAUCGACACCCCCGAGCCCAUCCCUUCCCCUGCCCCGGAAAAACUCCAGUCCAUACAGAACCAGAAUCUUCACUAUGGCGACUUUCGCGACGACUUCUUCCGGGACGGUUACGCCGUCAUCAAAGGCGUGCUCAGCAAAGAGCGCGCCAGCGAAUACCAGGACUCGGCCCUAACCUGGCUCGAAUCAUUCAACCUCGGCUUCGACCGUAACGACAAAUCCACCUGGAAGAAAGAAAACCUCCCGCAGAGCUGGAAGGGCGGCAUGUACCUACACUUCUCUGCCGCGCACGAGAAAUACGUCUGGGACGUGCGAUGUGAGCCAAAUGUCAUCGCCCCGUUCGCCAAACUCUGGCAAACCGACGAGCUAGUCGUCUCCUUCGACACCAUCAACAUCACCCUCCCUCAAUCCAUCGUCGGCGCCUACGACUCCAAACCCUGGCCCCACUGCGACCAAGCCCCCGAACGCAAGGGUCUAGUCUGCGUCCAAGGGAUCGUGAAUCUCUCCAACGCGGGCCCCGAUGACGGUGGUCUAAUCGUGAUGAAGGGCUCUGCGCCACUCUUUGACCAAUUCUUCGAAGAGAAUCCUGUUACGGGUCCCACACCCUGGCGUACCGCCAAACACAAGGAUUUCCAUCCCUUCCACGAUAAGGAUCUGGACUGGUACCGGGAGCGCGGGUGCGAAUUGAUCAAGGUGUGCGCUGAACCCGGGGAUCUGAUUCUCUGGGACUCGAGACAGAUGCACUGGGCGCAGUUUGGAGAGUCGGAUGUUGUGCGUACGAUUGUUUAUGUGACGUAUACGCCGGCGGAGUGGAUGGGGGAGGAGGAUCGGGAGAAGAAAAGGGAGUUGUUUGAGAAGUUUGAGACGACGACGCAUUGGCCGCAUACGAAUCUGUUUACGCAUGGGAAGGCGAUGGUGAAGAAUGAGGAUGGGGAGGAGGUGGUGGAUCCGUUGGAGAGAGAUGAGCCUCUUACCAAGCCGGUUAGGAGUGAGCGGUUGUUGCAGUUGGCGGGGGUGGUGCCUUAUUGA